AUGCCAUCCCCUUCUCCCAAGUUCCAUCCCCUUUUCCCAGAUUCCAUCCCUUUGUCCCUCAUUCCAUCCCCUUCUCCCAGAUUCCAUCCCCUUCUCCCCGAUUCCAUCCCCUUCUCCCAGAUUCCAUUCCCUUCUCCCAGAUUCCAUCCCCUUGUCCCAAAUUCCAUCCCCUUAUUCCAUCCCUUUCUCCCCGAUUCCAUCCCCUUCUCCCUAAUUCCAUCCCCUUCUCCCAGAUUCCAUCCCCUUCUCCCUGAUUCCAUCUCCUUCUCCCAGAUUCCAUCCCCUUCUCCCAGAUUCCAUCCCCUUCUCCCAGAUUCCUUCCCCUUCUCCCAAAUUCGAUCCCCUUCUCCCAGAUUCCAUCCCCUAAACCCUAGAGUCCAACCCCUUCUCCCAGAUUCCAUCCCCUUCUCCCUGAUUCCAUCCCCUUCUCCCAGAUUCCAUUCCCUUCUCCCAGAUUCCAUCCCCUUGUCCCAAAUUCCAUCCCCUUGUCCCAGAUUCCAUCCCCUUCUCCCAGAUUCCAUCCCCUUCUCCCUGAUUCCAUCCCCUUCUCCUAGAUUCCAUCCCCUUCUCCUAAAUUCCAUCCCCUUCUCCCAGAUUGCAUCCCUUUCUCCCCGAUUCCAUCCCCUUCUCCCUCAUUCCAUCCCCUUCUCCGAGAUUCCAUCCCCUUCUCCCAGAUUCCAUCCCCUUCUCCCAGAUUCCAUCCCCUUCUCCCGGAAUCCAUCCCCUUCUCCCAGAUUCCAUCCCCUUCUCCCGGAUUCCAUCCCCUUCUCCCUGAUUCCACCCCCUUCUCCCAGAUUCCAUCCCCUUCUCCCGGACUCCAUCCCCUUCUCUUUGAUUCCAUCCCCUUCUCCUAGAUUCCAUCCCCUUCUCCCAGAUUCCAUCCCCUUCUCCCAGAUUCCAUCCCCUUCACCCAGAUACCAUCCCCUUCUCCCAGAUUCCAUCCCCUUAUCCCAGAUUCCAUCUCUUCUCCCAGAUUCUAUCCCCUUCUCCCAGAUUCCAUCCCCUUCUCCCAGAUUCCACCCCCUUCUCCCAGAUUCCAUCCCCUUCUCCCAGAUUCCAUCCCCUUCUCCCAGAUUUCAUCCCCUUCUCCCAGAUUCCAUCCUCUUCUCCCAGAUUCCAUCCCCUUCUCCCAGAUUCCAUCCCCUUCUCCCGGAUUCCAUCCCCUUCUCCCAGAUUCCAUCCCCUUCUCCCGGAUUCCAUCCCCUUCUCCCUGAUUCCACCCCCUUCUCCCAGAUUCCAUCCCCUUCUCCCGGACUCCAUCCCCUUCUCCCUAAUUCCUUCCCCUUCUCCCAGAUUCCAUCCCCUUCUCCCAAAUUCCAUCCCCUUCUCCCAUAUUCCAUUCCAUCCCCUUCUCCCAGAUUCCAUCCCCUUCACCCAGAUACCAUCCCCUUCUCCCAGAUUCCAUCCCCUUAUCCCAGAUUCCAUCUCUUCUCCCAGAUUCUAUCCCCUUCUCCCAGAUUCCAUCCCCUUCUCCCAGAUUCCACCCCCUUCUCCCAGAUUCCAUCCCCUUCUCCCAGAUUCCAUCCCCUUCUCCCGGAUUCCAUCCCCUUCUCCCAGAUUCCAUCCCCUUCUCCCGGAUUCCAUCCCCUUCUCCCUGAUUCCACCCCCUUCUCCCAGAUUCCAUCCCCUUCUCCCGGACUCCAUCCCCUUCUCCCUAAUUCCUUCCCCUUCUCCCAGAUUCCAUCCCCUUCUCCCAAAUUCCAUCCCCUUCUCCCAUAUUCCAUUCCAUCCCCUUCUCCCAGAUUCCAUCCCCUUCUCCUAGAUUCCAUCCCCUUCUCCCAGAUUCCAUCCCCUUCUCCCAGAUGCCAUCCCCUUCUCCCAGGUUCCAUCCCCUUUUCCCAGAUUCCAUCCCUUUGUCCCUCAUUCCAUCCCCUUCUCCCAGAUUCCAUCCCCUUCUCCCCGAUUCCAUCUCCUUCUCCCAGAUUCCAUUCCCUUCUCCCAGAUUCCAUCCCCUUGUCCCAAAUUCCAUCCCCUUGUCCCAGAUUCCAUCCCCUUCUCCCAGAUUCCAUCCCCUUCUCCCUGAUUCCAUCCCCUUCUCCUAGAUUCCAUCCCCUUCUCCUAAAUUCCAUCCCCUUCUCCCAGAUUCCAUCCCUUUCUCCCCGAUUCCAUCCCCUUCUCCGAGAUUCCAUCCCCUUCUCCCAGAUUCCAUCUCCUUCUCCCAGAUUCCUUCCCUUCUCCCUGAUUCCAUCCCCUUCUCCCUCAUUCCAUCCCCUUCUCUCAGAUUCCAUCCCCUUCUCCCAGAUUCCAUCCCCUUCUCCUAGAUUCCAUCCCCUUCUCCGAGAUUCCAUCCCCUUCACCCUGAUUCCAUCCCCUUCUCCGAGAUUCCAUCCCCUUCUCCCUCAUUCCAUCCCCUUCUCCCAGAUUCCAUCCCCAUCUCCCAGAUUCCAUCCCCUUCUCCCAGAUUCCAUCCCCUUCCCCUAG